AUUGCCCAGACAUGGCGCGGUCAAGAGAGCGGCAGCUGACACGAAGCGGGCUACCACGCCGCUACGCCCACCGGUGCGCGCGCGCGGUGACGAGGCAGCCACCCACAGAGAGGCCUCUCGCACGUACGCGAUCGCGCGCCGAUACAUCAUCCGUCUCGAUCUCCUAGCUCGCUUCCUCCCUGCUUCCCACCGGCACCGCGGCACGGCUACCGCGCGCGCGCGCGCACACACAAACCAGGCCGCUGUACUCACACGUGCUCGAUCGAUCGCUAGCUUAUAUAGCAGCAAAAACUACUAGCUCGACUCAGCUGUCAGCUCCAAGCCUAUCCAAGUGGAACGCAACAGAGGCGUCGUCUCCUCCUCUCCUCGACCUCUCGCGGUUGGAGGUCUCGCGCGCGCGUGAGGCAACAAGUGCCCGUUCGAUCGACCGGCAAGGAUGGCGACGGCAGCGAGAGCGGCGUCGUGCACCCCCGCCGCUUGCGCUGUGUUGGUCAUCCCCAUCCUAGUCCUGAUCAUGGCAGGGCAAGUGCGAGUCGCGGAGGCGCUGUCCAUCGGCGUGAACUACGGGCAGAUCGCGAACAACCUCCCGUCGCCGUCGCGGGUGUCGUGGCUGCUCCGGUCGCUCAAGAUCAGCAAGGUGAAGCUGUUCGACGCCGACCCGCACGUCCUGCGCGCGUUCCUCGGCACGGGCGUGGAGUUCGUGGUCGGCAUCGGCAACGAGGCCGUCCCGGCGAUGGCCAGCCCCGCGGCGGCGGAGUCGUGGCUGCAGCUGCACGUGGUGCCGCACCUCCGCGCCGGCGCGCGCAUCACCUGCAUCACCGUCGGCAACGAGGUGUUCAAGGGCAACGACACCGCCCUCCAGGCCAGCCUCCUCCCGGCGUUGCGGUCCGUGCACCAGGCGCUCGGCGCGCUCGGCCUCCAGGGCCGCGUCAACGUCACCACCGCGCACUCGCUGGACAUCAUGGGCGUGUCCUACCCGCCGUCCGCCGGUGCGUUCCACCCCUCCGCCGCGCCGCACCUGCAGCCGUUCCUGGCCUUCCUGUCGGCGGCGAGGGCGCCGUUCCUCAUCAACUGCUACCCGUACUUCGCCUACAAGGACGACCCGGCGCGCGUGCCGCUGGAGUACGUGCUGUUCCAGCCCAACGCCGGCGUCGUCGACCCGCGCACGAGGCUCGUCUACGACAACAUGCUGUACGCGCAGGUGGACGCCGUGUACGCGGCGAUCCAGGCGAUGGGGCACACGGACAUCGACGUGAAGGUGUCGGAGACCGGGUGGCCGUCCCGCGGCGACCCCGACGAGGCCGGCGCGACGCCCGAGAACGCCGGGACGUACAUCGGGAACCUCCUCCGGAGGAUCGAGAUGAAGCAGGGCACGCCGCUGCGGCCGCAGGCGCCCAUCGACGUCUACGUCUUCGCGCUCUUCAACGAGAACCUCAAGCCCGGCCCGGCGUCGGAGCGGAACUACGGCCUCUUCUACCCCGACGGCACGCCGGUCUACAACGUCGGCCUCCGCGGCUACCUCCCGCCCAUGGCAUCACACGAGGCAGCGACCCAGGUGAUCCAUUGGUUCCUACUUAUCGCCACCGCAUCGGUCGUUUUCGCCUUAUCGUGACAGUAUCAGCCACUGUACUUAGUGAGUCGUGACAACUGCAGUUAACGGGGGUGCCAUUCAGAAGCUGAAAAUGGCUUCGCAGUGAUAUUAGAUUAGAGGAUAGAUCUAACAGAAAUUUGGAAAGUAUUAACCCACCAGGCUUGCACUGCCUUUCGUCUUACAGUGUUACAGAGGAAGAGUCAUACAGAAGAAUUGUCAUUGGUCGAUAAUACAUAGCAAAUCAUCAGUUGUAAGCGUAUCACAUUCUUUUGGGAUUUAUAAAUGAUCUUGUUCUAUUCUGGCAUCUAAGGUCUGGAAUCUGGACGUAUAUUCUUGCACAGCUCCUAUACACAAUUACUGUUUCUCACCAAUCAGGAAUUGAUUUUCCCCUGAAUGUUCUAACAUGCCUGUGUAAAGCAUAAGACUUGUGCAUGAUCACCAGUAAAGUUUCAGCGAUACAGAAACCAGAAUGACCAAGUCUGAUGCCCCAGUAAUGGCAUAAUCUUUUACUUUUCCGGCUAUCCUUCUCCAUCCAUAAAGAAUGGUCCCUGGUACCCAUGUCGAAUUCUGAACUUUGUGGUUCACUGCUCCUGUGCACUGAACUACCUAUACAA